GGUUCAUGGUGCAACACAUGUUGGAUAAUUCCAGAAGCAGCUUCGCAUUUCGACCGGUCGAGCCGCAGCCAAGACACGGACUGUCCUCCCCCAUAGCUCACCUCAGUCGACGCUAAACGCUUUUGGGGACAUUUAAAAGCCUAGCUAAGCCAACGACACUUCAAUGAAAAUGUUGAACGUCACGAGCAAGCUUGUGUGGAACCUCCCCGCUGCCAGCAGCUCCCGGAACAUCUCGACGCUAGUCAAAAAGGCUUGCUGGGGUGGAUUCCAAACGGAUGCUCUCAGAGUCCUGUCCAGGAGAGACUAUGCGUCAGAAGCUGUCAAGGGGGCUGUCAUUGGGGUUGACCUUGGAACCACCAACUCCUGCGUGGCUGUGAUGGAAGGAAAGCAAGCCAAGGUGUUAGAAAAUGCAGAGGGAGCCAGGACAACCCCUUCUGUCAUCGCCUUCACCGCUGAUGGGGAACGUCUGGCCGGGAUGCCUGCCAAGCGCCAGGCUGUCACCAACCCACAGAACACGCUUUACGCAACCAAGCGUCUCAUCGGGCGCCGUUUUGACGACCCAGAGGUUCAGAAAGAUAUGAAAAAUGUGCCGUACAAAAUUGUGCGCGCGUCCAAUGGUGACGCUUGGGUAGAGGCUCACGGUAAAAUGUACUCCCCCAGCCAGGCCGGUGCCUUCGUGCUGAUGAAGAUGAAGGAAACUGCAGAGAACUACCUGGGGACCAAAGUGAAGAAUGCUGUGAUCACAGUUCCAGCCUAUUUCAACGACUCCCAGAGACAGGCCACCAAAGAUGCCGGACAGAUCGCUGGUCUGAACGUCCUCCGUGUGAUCAAUGAGCCAACUGCUGCUGCUCUGGCCUACGGCCUCGACAAAACCCAGGACAAGAUAAUUGCCGUGUACGAUCUGGGCGGCGGGACGUUCGAUAUUUCGGUGCUGGAGAUCCAGAAGGGAGUUUUUGAGGUCAAGUCGACCAACGGUGACACCUUCUUGGGAGGAGAGGACUUUGACCAGCACCUGCUGAAGUACAUUGUUAAAGAGUUCAAGAGAGAGUCUGGAGUGGAUCUCAUGAAGGACAACAUGGCCCUGCAGAGAGUCAGGGAAGCUGCCGAGAAGGCCAAGUGUGAGCUGUCAUCUUCUCUGCAGACUGACAUCAACCUCCCGUAUUUGACCAUGGACGCCUCCGGACCCAAACAUCUCAACAUGAAGCUGACCCGUUCUCAGUUUGAAGGCAUCGUCGCUGACCUGAUCCGGCGCACGGUUGCGCCGUGCCAGAAGGCCAUGCAGGAUGCUGAAGUGUCGAAGGGGGACAUUGGCGAAGUGCUGCUGGUGGGAGGCAUGUCCCGCAUGCCCAAGGUCCAGCAGACGGUUCAGGAUCUCUUCGGUCGGGCGCCGAGCAAGUCUGUGAACCCAGAUGAGGCUGUUGCCAUCGGCGCUGCCAUCCAGGGCGGAGUCUUGGCUGGCGACGUCACGGACGUGCUGCUGUUGGAUGUGACUCCACUGUCGCUGGGCAUUGAGACUCUGGGCGGAGUCUUCACCAAGCUCAUCAACAGGAACACCACCAUCCCCACCAAGAAGAGCCAGGUCUUCUCCACUGCCGCCGACGGGCAGACCCAGGUGGAGAUCAAGGUGUGUCAGGGUGAGAGAGAAAUGGCCGUCGACAACAAAGUCCUGGGGCAGUUCACCUUGGUCGGCAUCCCACCUGCACCCCGAGGUGUCCCCCAGAUCGAGGUCACCUUCGACAUCGACGCCAACGGCAUCGUCCAUGUUUCGGCAAAGGACAAGGGCACUGGCCGCGAGCAGCAGAUUGUUAUCCAGUCAUCUGGAGGCCUCAGCAAGGAUGACAUCGAGAACAUGAUCAAGAACGCUGAAAAGUACGCUGAGGAGGACAGGAGAAGAAAGGACCGCGUUGAAGCCGUCAACAUGGCUGAAGGUAUCGUCAUUGACACAGAAUCCAAGAUGGAGGAGUUCAAGGACCAGCUUCCUGCUGAUGAGUGCAACAAACUGAAGGAGGAAAUCGCCAAGGUCCGGGAGCUCUUGAGCAACAAGGAGACGGAGACAGGAGAGAACAUCAAGCAGGCAGCAACCAACCUGCAGCAGGCUUCGCUUAAGCUUUUCGAAAUGGCUUACAAGAAGAUGGCAGCAGAGCGCGACAGCAGCAGCAGCGGCAGCAGCUCAGGCUCCUCAGAGGGAGAGAAGAAGGAAGGCCAGCAGUAGACGCUUCUUGGAUCGUGGCUGUUGGGUUGAGUUUCUGUGGAGAAACAGAGGACUGUUGGACAUUGGGGGUGGGUGGGGGAGGAGCUCCACUUAAGACGGACAUACCGAAUAAUUGUCCAGUUGAUAAUAGUUUACUGUGUUUUGGCAGUAAGUUAUUCUAGCAUCAAGCCGUCGCGUGUCCUGAUAUCACGUCUGUAAUUUAAUUCAUGCAUUUUCCUUUUUAUGUUUGUUCUACAGAGCUGUUUAUAUACAUUCUAAAACAAGUCAAUGUUUUGUCUGAGAGAGAGAUUUACUGUCCCCUUCUCUGGCGAGGAUCCUGAACCUGCAGCAGCACUGUCUUCUCUCUGUGAACGGUGCAUGUGAUCUGCUCUUCUGAUGGGUAAUCAAACUGCACAACUGAGCGCGAGGCCUUCGUUCCUGAGACGUGCAUGUGUGAGAAGAACCCCUGCUUUGGCAUUCCCACCCUAUCAUACGUUCUUUUCCGGCAUCCAAAAAGUGCUGAUGCGCGAGUGGAGAGUGAAGCCCUCUGGCGACCCUGGACUGUACCAGGAUGUGAUCAUGUGGAAACUAUAACUGUCUUUUCUAAUAAAAAUCCAAGUGUAAAAUUC